ACUAUUAUGAAAUAAAUAAAUAGAAAGGGGGGAAGAAGAAAAAAAAACAACAACAACCGCCAUUUUUACAAUGUUAACCCGAGUUGCGGUGUACAGUCGCCGAAUCUAUCUCCUGCACUUUGAUUGGUUGUUCAGCUGUCAGACUCUGAAGGACUGGCCAAUCGAAGUGCACGUAUUAGAAACGACAAGCCAAUCCUAGAGAAGCGGAGGCGGGAUAGUUUGAAAUACAAGUUGGGGGAAAUAACUUCCAAAUUAGUUAGCUAGCUAACUCGUUUCUCUGUGUAAACUCGACCAGUUUGUCGUUAGAAGCGGUUGGGAACUAUACAAAUGCAACAAAAGACAAUAUUCUUUGCUUAGUUAUUUAGGUGUUUAUACCUGUGAAGAUCUAAACCGUCAUCAUGUCGGUAAGAACCCUAUCGCUGCUUCUAUUCCUCGUAUUUUGUCAGGGUGGACACUGGGCUCUCGCCUCUACCUCCGAGCUACGAGAACCGCCAAAGAAAAUUGCCGUCGUUGGAGCCGGAAUCGGAGGGACAGCGGCAGCUUAUUUCCUCAGACAGGAGUUUGGGCCCGGCGUCAAGAUCGACGUGUAUGAAGCGGGCACUGUCGGAGGACGACUCGCUACGGAGAACAUCGAUGGACGAGAUUAUGAAAUGGGAGGCUCCGUUAUACACCCGCUUAAUUUGCAUAUGAAGCACUUUGUGGAUCGACUAGGUCUGUCAUUUCGUGCUGAAGUCCCUUCGAAAAUGGCCAUCUUUGACGGGAAGGAGCUGAUAUUCGAGGAGAGCGAUUGGUUCAUCGUGAACUUCCUCCGCAUGCUGUGGCACUACGGCUUCAACGCGAUCCGCAUGCACAUGUGGGUGGAGGGGAUUCUGGACAAGUUCAUGAGGAUUUAUCAGUACCAGCAGUUCGGCUACUCGUUCUCGAGUGUUGAGCGACUUCUGCAUGCCACGGGUGGAGACGGGUUACUGGCUCUGCUCAACCAGACGCUGGAGGAGGCCAUGCUGGCUCAGGGUUUCUCUCAGGUCUUCAUCAAUGAAAUCGUCUCCCCGAUAGCACGUGCCAGUUAUGUACAGAGCGUUCGCCUGCACGCCUUUGUCGGUUCCGUGGCCCUAUCAUGCGCUGACUCGGGCCUCUGGGCUGUGGAUGGAGGUAAUAAGCGAGUCUGCUCUGGGCUUCUGUAUCACAGCAAAGCCGAACUCAUUCCAGCGCGUGUGACCAACAUCGCUCUCAAAACGAGGCCCUUGAAAAGCGGCACCGUCGCAAAAUUUUACGAAGUGAACUACGUCGGUGAUUCCGGCUCCGCCCACACCCUUUACGACAUUGUGAUUUUGGCCACGCCCCUCCACCAGGGUCUGUCCGAUAUCAGUUUCCCGGGCUUCUCUCCUCCCCUGCCUUCACACUUAUCUGGGCGCUACCACCAUGUAGUGACUACGCUAGUCCUCGGGCGUCUCAACGUGUCCUAUCUGGACGCCAGCCGGAAACCAAGCGAGUUUUUCGCCUCUGACGUUUUGACCACCGAUAACGAGAAACUGGGCAUCUCCAGCUUGUGCGCCAUGGACCCUGUCCACAUCACGCCGGGCUACUCACGGCCUCCGGCCAGCCAGACGGCAAUGUGGAGGGUCUAUUCUCCAGAGUCCCUGACCGAGGAGCAGCUGAGCAUGCUGUUCGUCUCGCGAGAGCGCGUGGUGGAGAAACCCUGGCUGGCAUGUCCGUUAUACAGAGCGCCAGAGCGUCGAGCUCCAUCCUUCAUCCUCCACGACAACCUCUAUUACCUUAGCCCCAUCGAGUGGGCAGCGUCAUCGAUGGAGAUGAGCGCACUCUCGGCACGUAACGCAGCACUGCUCGCCAACCAUCGCUGGCACGGAGACACGUUGAAGGUGGAUCAGGAGGACCUGUACUCUCGCCUCCGGGGGGAGCUGUAGAGACGCAAGAGACACUUUUAUCAAUGACAAUCAGGAAAUCUUCAGUGCACGGGCUGUUUGAGUGAAUUUCGUGUGUGUGGUGUAUUUAAUUUACGAAAAAGAUUUACGCUAAUUUUUACAGCAUCCAGGGAGGCUUUCCGUUCUAAUUUCUUUGCGGUUGUUUUUCAGCACGUCAUUAGUAGUUACUUGGACUUUUAAAUUGUUUCCCAAUACUCGAACAGUUCGACCAAACUAAACCAGUCCACCAAGACACUUGUAGUUUUUUGCGCAGAAGCGAUAUACACUCUUCGUCCAAAAGUAUGUGGACGCCUGACCAUCACGCCCCAUAUGCGGUUCUGCCGCAAACUGCUAGAAACACACGAUUGUAUAGGAUGUCUUUGUAUAUUCUAUAGCAUUACACUUUCCCUUCACUGGAACUCGAACGUGUUCCAGCAUAACAAUGCAUCCCCCUGUGCACAAAGCACAUCUAUUUAUGAAGAUACGGUUCGCUGAGGUUGGCGUUGGAAGAACUCGAGUGUCCACAUACAUUUGGCAAUACAGUGUCGAUAGCUAAUAAUAUGGAGUGGGCAACGUAAGAGUCGUAGCCAUUUCAGUAACUGUGCAUCAAUGACACGAGUAAAAUCAGGUAAAAAUGAAAUAAAAUUAUUUUUAUUAUUUAGUAUGUCACCUUGUACAUCCAACAAUGUACCUUAUUAUAUCAUUGCGGUUUCUGUUGCUAUCAAUCAACGGCUCUUUUUAAACAAUAAUAUCGUUGAUUUGGUGUAAAGGAAUAUAUAUAUAUAUAUAUAUAUAUAUAUAUAUAUAUAUAUAUAUAUAUAUAUAUAUAUAUAUAUAUAUAUAUAUUUAUAUUUAAUGCAGCAUCUAAAUUUUGUUCUAUUAGAUUGACUGAUGUGUCUGAUGUCAUUUGAGAUGAAUAGUUGCCUUUGAAAAGAUUGCACACGAUUUAGGUCACAUGACUUUUCCUAGAAGUUAUCGGCAUUUGGCCGAAUAAAAAAAAAUGCCUCACAGUUUCAGCAUAUUUCAACAACAAGACCGAAGAAGUUGGAAUGUACUGCCUCCGUGGAUUGUUUUUGAAAUGUACUAAUAAGCAAUAUUAAUUUGUAAUAAUGAGGAGGAUAAGGGCUAGAAUGCUUUGAGUGAAAUACUCAGGCCGAUUUCUUUCUACGUUUUAUUACUUAUCAAACACUUUAUAAUACAGAUCUGGCAAACGCGUUAAUCAUUAUCAUCAUCUUCCUGCCAAUACAAAGAAUGCAGAAUCUUUAUUAACUGACUUUUAAUGAAGCUUCUCUUGGCCGGAUGGACUUGCAGUGAAACGCACCUUUAAUAUACUCAAGCGCCGGUUAAUACAGGGAUGAAUCAGCAUGGAUGACCUUUUAACCUUGUCGCUUGGAGAUGGAAGAUAUUUUCCUGUGUUGCUUCUGCUUUUAUUGAAAAGUUAGCUGGAGUGGCUUUGCGAGAUUUAUGUAUUUGCUAGAUACGUAAAGUUAGUUUUUGCCUCUUUGAGAUGUUUUGCUGAGAUGUUAAGGAUUCGUUUAAAAACAGCUAGACGGUUGCAGACAGUCGGUUAUAAUCCACUACGUUCUUAUCCAUAACGUUGACGUACCGAGGCCUCGUCUUUGCGAAUAUUUUUUUUUCUUCAUUACUAUCAAAGAUUCGGAUUCCAAAACUGUUAACUGUGACACCCCCAGAGUCCCCGAAGUGUAAAUGUGCUGCACUACUACUUUUGUUAUACUUCUGUAUAGUCAGCGUUUAUAGAUUUAACAAGCGAAAUACGGCCGUGUGCUGCUUCGUUUACUGCCGAUGAUGUGAGCAGCCAUGGUGAUUUGAUGUCACUUGCUGAACUCGGAGUUGAGGAGACCAUCCAGAGUUCCCGAGGAGGAAUUCAGAGUUGAGGGGGCGGAAAUUACGAGAUACGACCUUCAGUCGAACGCAGCAUGAUCCAUGUUACCAGGCUGUGCUUUUUCUCUCUACUGCCGUAUUUAGAUGCACUAAUGCUCCGUUCGUGGUACAGGGGGUUUGCCUGUCAAAAAAUGCGAGUUCAUGUAAAAAUCAUGAAACGUUGCAGGUAUCAAACCCGGCUUCCACUGGCGGUCCGUCUAAUUUAACUUUACCUUUAAAACUUGACGGCCUUCUUUAAAUAUAAUAAUAAAAAAUAAAUCUAAUAAAAUUCACUGAAUACUAAUUUCUACCUCGGAUAGUGAUCACAUGACACUUUUUUUGUCUUCUUAAUAUCCUUUUCUACAGUUGCAAAAAAUAACAUUAGAUGUUCACUGAACCGGUACAUUACCACCAAAAUCACAGCACUGUCAGAAUAAGCUGCUGUCCAGGUGAAACUUUGUUUCCCGAUUUAUUUAUCACUAAUGUAUGAUGUAAGAAAACUUUCAGAGAGAGAGCCUACCAGCGCUGUUGUGUUUUAGAAAACUAAAACUAUAACGUAUACACGAUCAAGUUUUGUAAAACUACUUGUACAAAUUUUCCAACCUGAUUUAGAUCCUUGUGCAAAUUCCUAAAACAUUUCUAUAACGAUAUUUGUAGUGUGAUGGGGUGUUUUUGUUGUUUUUUUUUCUAAUGCAGUUUAAGAUUUAUAUCACAGAUCGGUCGUAAUUUAAUUUAACAAACAUUCAUGGUCAUCUUUCACACUUUGUUUCUACUGAACUGAACUAAAGCGCCUGAAAAGUAUUACCAUUUCUAUAACACACACUGUAUCCGUAUGAAACAACAUUCAGUGUUAAAAUGCGCAGAAAGAUGCUGUUUGUGUUCUUAUUUCUUUUAUUUUUAUUUUUUUAUUUUUUAUUUUUUUUUACACCAGGGAGUUUCUUCUCCGUUUACUUUUUUUUUUUGUAUAAAGUUUCUUCGUUAAGGAAGAAAGACGGUGAAUAAAAUUGUUCAUUGUUUGCAUGCAAUAAAACAUUAACGAUA